AUGAUGCACCCAUCGAGACAGGCCUACGUGGAGGAGGCCAAUGAAAUGGAAGGCAUCAACUUGGCUGAUUUGCCCGUCGACCGCGACUAUGUUAUCCCCCCAUCUAUGGCCGGUGUCCCGGCAGAGAAGGCGUCCGCCAUCUUCUCCCAGUUCGAACGCAAACGAAGAGCCGCCGCGAUGGCAGUACCGACGGACGAUACUCGUGUGCGCGCGCGACUACGAGAGCUCGGGGAACCCAUCACGCUAUUUGGCGAAGGCCCGGCGGACCGGAGAGAUCGAUUGAGAGAGCUCUUGACGGACAUUGCAGAGCAGCAAGAAGCUGCAGCAGCGGAGGAGGAUAUUGAAAUGGAGGAGGCUGCAGAUGAGGAAGAGGGGGAACAACAGGAAGAAUUUUACACUGAGGGCACCGAGGAUCUAUUGAAAGCUCGGAAGGACAUUGCGCGAUUCUCGCUGCCGCGCGCGAAGGCCCGCGUGGCUCGACAACGAGAAGAGUCGACGAUUCCGCUACGGACACAUAUCAAGCACAGAAAGGCGAUCAAGGAGAAACUACAUAACUUCGACCUCUACGGGUCUCAGAUUGCGGGUGACCGGCCAGUCAGCAUUUGUCGGUUUGCGCCGGAUGGCCAGACGAUAGCUACCGGUAACUGGGGUGGCGGUAUUCGUUUGCUAACGGUGCCGAAUCUCGAGGAGAAGCUCUCUGUCAAGGGUCAUACUGAUCGAGUCGGGGGUCUGUCCUGGUUUCCGGGAGCUACACUUCCUGAAUCGAAUGUGUCCGAAUCAUCUGUCAACCUUGUGUCUGGUGGAGGGGAUGGAAAUGUUUGUCUGUGGUCUCUCAACAACGACAAGCCGCUGGCAACACUCGAGGGCCAUACAGAACGUGUAUGUCGGACCGAGUUUCAUCCAUCGGGAAAAUACCUCGCCUCGGCAUCUUAUGACACAACAUGGCGGUUAUGGGAUGUUGAGACAACAACGGAGCUAUUACUCCAGGAAGGCCACUCGCGGGAAGUUUACACAGUUGCGUUCAACAACGACGGAUCUCUCCUAGCGAGUGGUGGUCUCGACAGUAUUGGGCGUGUCUGGGAUCUCCGGACGGGCCGUACAGUAAUGAUUUUGGAGGGUCAUAUUCGAGAAAUCUUCGGACUAGACUGGGGAGUGGAUGGGUAUCGAAUACUCUCCGGUUCCGGAGAUGGCUGGGUGAAGUGCUGGGACUUGCGCCAGGUCAAGAACUCUGGCGGAAUCGGCGCGCAUAAGAGUGUGGUGUCCGAUGUGCGAUGGUACAAGGGAACCGAAUCGGAGACAGCGUCUUUCCUGCCGACCACCGAGGGACAGGCUUCGCGUAUGGAGGUCGAUGGAGCCCCGGCUCCUGUACAGCCGAAGAAAUCUGGGACAUUCUUUGUUACGAGUGGGUUCGACAAGAAUGUUAAUAUCUUCAGCGCAGACGACUGGUCCCUAAUCAAGACAUUGAGCGGGCACUCGGGCAAUGUGCUCAGCGCCGAUGUCAGUUACGAUGCGCAGUGGAUUGCCAGCUGCGGACAUGACCGGACGGUGAAGUUGUGGGGGAUUGAAUGA